AUCACUGCGUGGGUGGAUCAUCUGUCGACUGUCACAUGUUCUUUUGGUGGCGCGCAGUGUGUCCAGAGUGCUCAGUGUGGGAUGGAUCGCGAGCGGAAGCGAGCGUUUCUGAUGCAGUUUGUGUACCCGUUUAUGUCGCUUGAGGAGCGCUACCUAAUUAGUAUUAUGGCUGGAGUAUCUGUUCCACCGCAAAAGUUCAAAGCGGCGGUGCCUCACGUCGCGCGCGUGUCAGCAGUUUACUCGGCUCCGCUAUGGAAGCGCUAGAGCUUGCGUGUCAGUGUGCUCAUGACCGUCAGUGUCAGCAGAUCGCGAUCAUGGAGGUGCCGACUAUUACUCUGCCUGAAGGCGAAGAGGUGUGCCUACUGAGUGACACUGAUAUGGCACAACUUCUGUGGGGUGUGUCUGCAGAGGAGAUCGUACCGUCGGUAUCACCUAGUGAGGAGAUUGUGUCCUCAGUCGGCGUGCGUGAUAAUGGCGAGUCUCCUCCGAAACAAGUUGUUGCAGUAAAAAAGGAGACGAAGCCCAGGCGCAAAGGCAGGCAACAUCGCGUACAGCAAAAAAAGCAAACUUGUGCUCGCAAGGCUCAACCAAAAUUGACUGUACCAACAGCGGAUGGUUGUAAAUUGGGGGACUGCCCUCACUUGAAAAUUGUAUUGGAAAACUUGAUAAAUGUGAUUGAGGCUCAAAAACUCUGUCAAAAGUUCAUCAGUAAAAUAAAGAGAAUUAAAAUCUGAA